AAGACGGAAAUGGGCGGGGCUGCGAGCGAGGGCGGGAGAAGGAGCGCGGGGAGGACGUACCUUGUGAGAUGCGAGCCGGACAACAGCUUGCAAGCAUGCUCCGCUGGACCCGAGCCUGGAGGCUCCCGCGUGAGGGACUCGGCCCCCACGGCCCUAGCUUCGCGAGGGUGCCUGUCGCACCCAGCAGCAGCAGCGGCGGCCGAGGGGGCGCCGAGCCGAGGCCACUUCCGCUUUCCUACAGGCUUCUGGACGGGGAGGCAGCCCUCCCGGCCGUCGUCUUUUUGCACGGGCUCUUCGGCAGCAAAACUAACUUCAACUCCAUCGCCAAGAUCUUGGCCCAGCAGACAGGCCGUAGGGUGCUGACGGUGGAUGCUCGUAACCACGGUGACAGCCCCCACAGCCCAGACAUGAGCUACGAGAUCAUGAGCCAGGACCUGCAGGACCUUCUGCCCCAGCUGGGCCUGGUGCCCUGCGUCGUCGUUGGCCACAGCAUGGGAGGAAAGACAGCCAUGCUGCUGGCACUACAGAGGCCAGAGCUGGUGGAACGUCUCAUUGCUGUAGAUAUCAGCCCAGUGGAAAGCACAGGUGUCUCCCACUUUGCAACCUACGUGGCAGCCAUGAGGGCCAUCAACAUCGCAGAUGAGCUGCCCCGCUCCCGUGCCCGAAAACUGGCGGAUGAACAGCUCAGUUCUGUCAUCCAGGACAUGGCCGUGCGGCAGCACCUGCUCACUAACCUGGUAGAGGUAGACGGGCGCUUCGUGUGGAGGGUGAACUUGGAUGCCCUGACCCAGCACCUAGACAAGAUCUUGGCUUUCCCACAAAGGCAGGAGUCCUACCUCGGGCCAACACUCUUUCUCCUUGGUGGAAACUCCCAGUUCGUGCAUCCCAGCCACCACCCUGAGAUUAUGCGGCUCUUCCCUCGGGCCCAGAUGCAGACGGUGCCGAACGCUGGCCACUGGAUCCACGCUGACCGCCCACAGGACUUCAUAGCUGCCAUCCAAGGCUUCCUGGUCUAAGAGUUGCUGGCAAGAAGAUGGCCAGGCGUGGUGUCUCAUGCCUGUAAUUCCAGCACUUUGGGAGGCUGAGGCAGGAGGAUGACUUGAGGCCAGGAGUUUGAGACCAGCCUGGCCAACAUGGUGAAACCCUGUCUCUAAAAAUACAAAAAUUAGCCUGGCGUGGUGGUGCACACCUGUAAUCCCAGCUACUCGGGAGGCUGAGGCAGGAGAAUCACUUGAACCCGGGAGGCAGAGGUUGCAAUGAGCCGAGAUCACACCGCUACACUCCAGCCUAGGCAACAGAGCAAGACUGUGUCUCAAAAAAAAACAAAACAAAAAGGAGGCACAAAACCCCAGGCUUCAAGUCUCUGCAGCCUGCUCCACAUUUGGGCACAGAAGGACUCAGACAGGCACUGCGUGGGCACGAGGUUUUACAGGGGUGGUCAGACCUCAGGCUUUAAUGAAUAAAGACACUACUCCCAAA